UCGUCACCUCGCAGCAACCCUCCCUCCUUACACGGGAGAGAAGACACGCAGCAGCGCCACAGCCGUGGAGGAAAGUUAUUUUACCAGCGGAUAUUAGAGACUACUAGAGAGACCACUUGAAGAACUAUUUUACCUCGGAUACUUGCGCGAUCUGUGAGGCUCUCCUGUAACCAUGGGGGACGUGGUGUCUGCUCACCUGGAUGAGAGCAGGAGGGAGAUGAUAACAGCUCGGACAGGAGGCGUGAUCAGAGACUUCAGUGACGUGUACAAGCAGCAGUACGCAGUCGCUCUGUUCAACAGCGUUCGCUAUGAGAUAGAAGGAGGAGGAGGACCGCAGUCGCAGCUGCUUCACAGGAAGGACCCCUUAGCAGGCCGCUCCAUCUUCUCUGGGAGUCUGUUUCAGUAUCAGGAGGAGAGUCGGAAGUGGAGGAAUCGCUUUGUGUCUGUGCCCGAUAGCUACAUCAUUGGCCUCUAUGAGAGCAAAACAUCACAUGACAGGGGCCUUCACCCGAAAGUAUCUAUCAACUGUGCUGGGUACAAGGCCCUGACCUCGAUGGAGGAAUACAUGGAGCUGAUUAACACCAGCCUGCCAGAUAUCAAAGCCAAAGUGGCGAGUAAUCCUUUUAUCAAGUGUGCGAGCCAGUUCCCCCUCAUCCUGUGGCACCCGUACGCCCGCCACCACUACUUCUGUGUGAUGACGGAGAAGGAGCAGACGAAGUGGCACGCAGUACUGCAGGACUGUGUCAGACACAGUAACAACGGUCUGUCAGAGGACUGCAGCGUUCAGACACCAGCCUUCACCGACUCUGUGAGACUCUUCAGACAAGCUAAAGGAAACUACGGCACAUGGGAUAUGAUGUGCGGAAAGCCCCCACAGAUCCUUGCUAAUCUGGUGAUGGAGACCCUCCACCCAGAGCUGAGAAGCCUUAUCGGACCUCGUCUGAGGGGGAAGAUGCAGCAGAGGCAGCGGCAUUGGAUGUUGAUCUCUGACGCAGUGUACAAGCAGGUGCUGACUCUGACCAGCUUUCAGUACGAUGCGCUGGUGGAUUCUUGCGAGGCCCAGAGAGCUCCACUGGACGCCAGACUGCGAACCGACAUGGACCAGAUGAUCACGUCUAAAGAACACGUCAGCGGCAAGAUACGAGCUCUGGUGUUGCCCAAGGCGGAGCAAACACUAAGGGCGAACGUGCAGCCGUACAUCAGCUCCAUCCUGGAGGCCCUGAUGGAGCCCACCAGCCGAGGGUUCUCCGAGGUCAGGGACGUGUUCUUCAGGGAGAUGGUGGAGAUCAGCAAGAACUCGCUCAACGGAGGGGGCAAAGACAAACUGGGAGACAACAUGGAGAGGCUGUCCAUGCUCGCCUUCCACCCGGUGAAAAUGCAGAGCUGCUACGAGAAGGUGGAGCAGCUGAACCUGGACGGGCUGCAGCAGAGGUUCGACGUGGCCAGCCCCUCGGUGUUCGUCAGCAGGGCUCAGAUCCUCAUGAGAGAGCAAAUGGACAAUGCGGUGUACACAUUUGAGCAGCUGCUCCACCAGUCUUUGGAGACCAAGGGAGAAGAGGACAUGUGCAAGACCAUGCAGCGCUGCCAGGACAGGGUUCUCAAGAAAUAUGAUUACGACAGCAGCAGUGUGCGCAAGAAGUUCUUCAGAGAGGCUCUGCUGCAGAUCAUCAUCCCGUACAUGCUGAAGCAGCUGUCGCCUUCCUGCUUACCUGAGCUGCCUCGCUUCAAAGAGCUUAUCUUUGAGGACUUCUCCCGUUUCCUGCUGGUGGAAAAUAUGUUCGAGGAGUUGGUGCUGCAGUCAGUCUCCAAGGAUAUCAUGAUGGCUGUGAAGGAGGCAGCGGUCCAGAGGAGACACAACCUGUACAGAGACAGCAUGAUUCUGACCAACAGCGACCCCAACCUGCACCUGCUGGGAGAGAGCUCUGCGGUGGACUGGGCUGCCGAAUUUGGGGCCGAUGAGCCCGAGGGUCCGGCUGGGGGCGACGGCGUUAAAGGAGGGGGUUCUGCGAGCAGGCGCCGGCAGGUGGUGUCCAUGAUCCAGCUGGACGGGCUGCCUCUGCCCUUCGAGUCCUGCAUGGAGGUCCCAGGCGUGGAGCUCAUCCCUGAGGAGGACGGUGAGAUGUUUGAGGGCAAAGAGGGCGAGGAAGAGGAGGAGCCCAAAUCUCCUGACAGCGUGAAUGAAAUCAGGGGUCUGAUCAACCCGGUGGUGGCGUUGGGGCUUCCGGUUGUAGAGGAGACCAAGAGCGACAUCACCAACGGGACGGAGCCAACAACGGGCACCGUGACCCUGGAGGACAGUGUGCAGAUGGAUGUCACACACGUCACCACCGUGCGAGAGGACAUCCCAAUGAAGUCUCCCAGAGAUAAGACGUCCCCGCAGACAAUUCUCCAGGAGCUGGUGGUAAGCAAGAAGCAGGAAGUGGAUACGGAGGAAGCGGCCAUCCAGAACGCCAUCGAGGAAAUCGAGAUAGCGGUGCAGGAAGAUGACAGCGAAAAGAUUGCAGAAGUCUCCACAGCGGAAUCAGAUAACGAGUCGUCUCCAGCACCACAGGUGGUCACAGACUCUAGCUUGCAGAACGACAGCGGCUUCCAGUCGCAAGCCAAUGAGGGGCAGGAAGAAGACGAGCCUCAGCCAAUCACAAACGGUCUGAACGGAGAGGACGAAAUGAUUGACCCGAUGGAUGUGGAAGUGGUUUUAGCGUAGGAAGACAAUCCUCCGAACAGAACUCUAAAACUGGAGAGUGCAUCACAUGUAAUGGGAGAGAAUUGAUAAGGACUGUUUGCAAGGGAUUAAAGGACUAGUUCACCCCCAAAAUAAUCAUUUGUUUAUUCAUUUAAAAAAAAAAAACAUACCUCCAUGGGAAACAUAAAUCAGUACGCGUAUAGCAACUUUAUUAUUUACAUUUGUUAUAAAUACAUAAUUAAAGUAAGGAUUUAUUUAAAUGCAUAUGUUUAUGAAUAAGUGAGCAUAUGACUGGAGACAUUUGAUUAUUCUGCACAAUUUGUCGGAAAGUUUGUUAACAGACUUGUUGAUGUAGUUUCGUUGUGGUUAAAGCUGGUUCCCAUUUACUUACAUUUUUAAAGUAUUGAAGGUUACAUAGCGUGAGUAAUUUAUAAACAAAUGAUCAUUUUGGGGGACAAAUAUUCCUUUAAGUUGAAGUGCAUUGUUGUUAAUAUUGCACACUCCACAACCAGCUCUCCCAUCCACCUCUUGACUUUAUAAUAUUUGGUGAUUGGUUUCUUUCUGUGCAACUUAUCGAGUCUCAAUGCAGAUUUCUUCAAGACACUGCUCGUUUAUGCUAUGUAAACAUGCUAAGGGUCCAAUACAAGGAUCAGGGAAGUGGUAAUAAACAACUAACUUAUUGAUGUUUUCAAGUUAUACUACAGGUAUUUUUCUUCUCUGUUUUGCUUUCUUAUGCACAGCCUCUACCUGGGCAGCAGGGGGUGCUACAAUCAACCUUUGGAUGUUGUGUGGGGAAUUGUUCUUUUUAUUUUUAAAUAAUAGUAUCUAUUUUUAUAAAAUGUAAUUUUCUUAUGCAGUUCUUUGAAAGCUUUUCCUGUAUUCACAAAUGGCCAUUAUGUUUCAACACUAAAUAUUUUGUCAAAUGAUUUGCACUUCCAGGAUGAGGGAGAUCUUAAUGGUCUUCGGUUUCCCAAAUAUCACUGAUAUUUUAUAAUGACAAUCCAGUGGCAAUUUUUCUUCAAAGCCAAUAUUUUUUAAUAUAAAAUUAUAAUGUUUAAUCUGGGGAAAAUGGAUGAGGUCUCAAUUCCUUAUCUGAAUCAAAAAUGAUGUAAAACUUUACAUAUGAAACUUUUAAUUCCUGCAAAAUGUCCUAUUAAGUUUCCUGAAAAAGAACCAUUUUAUAUUGUACUAAGCGUAGAGAAAUUACAGUAAAGAUUCUACAAAUGUAUUGAAUAAAGGGGAUACACUUCAGGUUUGUCCAUACUCCGCUGACCUGCCAUGCGACAACUGUUAGCUCUUUUAAGUAAAAUGUUCCCAACAGUAACACUAGAAAAUAAAUGUCAGUAAAAGCAAGUGGGGGACAAGAAAGGACAUUUUUGGAAAUAAAGUACUAACAUAUCAUUUUUAUUAGAAUUAGUACAAAAUGACAUAUUUCUUUGCAGGAACAUCUUUAAAAAAUUGCAAUUACAUUUCAAUUUAUUUUCAAAUGAAAUUAGGGAAAACUUUUAACUCUCAUUUUUAUGAUUCAGUGACCUGUAAUAAAAUCACUCACUGUAUCCAAGGCACAUUUAGAGUUUCCUAAGAACCAUUCCUUCCAAUGCAACAAACUGUCCGUCACCUUCUCCUGUUUAUUUAUUACAAGUAUCUGUCUGUGGUGUGAGCAGCUGUUUGUCUAGUGCCUUUCCCUUCUUGCAAUAAACUGUAUAUACAUAUUAAAUAUGGAUGAAUAAAACUAUUUCAUCAACUUUA